AUGGUGGAAUCCACGUUACCACCUGUUGAUCCUUCUGAAAAGAUCGAGGGAGGGCGGAAGCGGGUACGUGAGGAUGAUAAUUGCGAUGGGGUGAGUAGUGACGAUGAAUUACUCUUAGAAGAAACCUCAGCUGGACCGACGAGCAUGGCGAAGUUGUUUUUGAAGGACCGUCUCGAUCCAUACGCCCCCUUUAAAUCAGUCUGGCCACAACCAAAACCUGGGUUAGUAAAGGAUACGGUGCCGUACGCUGCCGUUGCCGAUACUCUUGCUGAUAUUAGUGCAGAGAGUUCACGACUGGAGUGUAUAAGGCAUCUGACUCGUUUAUUUCUUGCAGUUAUUCAGCGAAGUCCAAGUGACCUGGUUCCCGUUAUUUACCUUAUCAUCAACAAGCAAGGUCCAGCCCAUGAAGGUAUUGAACUUGGGGUAGGUGAUGCUUUGUUGGUAAAGGUUAUCGCAGAAUGCUGCGGUAUUCCCGAGGCACAUGCUAAAGAGGCUUACAAGCAAACAGGUGAUUUAGCUGAAGUGGCUCAGAACAAGAAGCGUAAACAAUCAACUCUUGUUCAGCCUAAACGGCUUUCUGCAGUAGGUGUAUUUCAAUCUCUACGUGAGAUAGCCCUUAUGAGUGGAAAAGAAGCAGCACGACGUCGCGCGGAUGUAAUGAAGAGACUUAUUCGUGAUGCUGUUGGCCCUGAAGUGAAUUUUAUUGUUCGAGCGCUUCAACAAAAAAUGCGUGUGGGACUUGCUGAACCUUCUGCCCUCGCUGCUGUUGGUUACGCAUUUGCACUUGAUCAUAUCGGAGUUGAUGAAGUGAUGAAACGUACUCCAGAGCAGUUACAACGAGAUUUAAAUAUGAGUGCUGUUAACUUUACUCGUAUUUUUGGUGAAGUACCUAGUCUUGAAAUAGUUGUUGGUGCCUUACUUAAACAUGGGCUUCCCGUAAUUAUUCCAUCUUCUUCAAUAUCUAAGGCACAUAUUAUGGAGUUAUCUAUUCGUCCGGGCCUCCCUGUAAGACCUCAGCUUGCCCAUCCAACCAGUGGAAUAAAUAUCAUAAUGGAGCGGUUUCAAGGAAAGACUUUUACUUCUGAAUACAAAUAUGAUGGUGAACGCGCUCAAAUUCAUUAUUUAAAAGAAAAUGAUUUUCAAAUUUUUUCGCGUAAUUCAGAGACUCAUACAGGAAAGUACCCUGAUGUUAUAGCUAUGUUACCUCAAGUUUUUUCUUGUCAUGAUGUCAAAUCUUUUAUCAUAGAUGCAGAAAUUGUUGCUAUUGAUAAAGAAAGUGGGGCAUUGCGUGCAUUUCAAGUUUUGCAACAUAGAGGACGCAAAAACGUUUCUUCUGAGAGUGUCACAAUACCUGUUUGUGUAUUCGCUUUUGAUAUUUUAUAUUUUAAUGGUGAACCACAAACAGGAAAAACAUUGGAGGAACGUCGUAAAUUACUAUAUAGUUUUUUUACACCAAUUCAUGCAAAAUUUCAAUUUGCUGAGCACCUUGAUAGCAAUAAUGUAGAAGAUAUCCAGUCUUUUUUAGAUAAAUCGAUAAAAGAUGGAUGUGAAGGACUUAUGGUUAAAACACUACAUGAGGAAGCAACUUAUACACCAGGAAAACGUUCCCACUACUGGUUAAAGCUUAAAAAAGAUUACAUGGAUAAUGUUACAGAUACUCUUGAUCUUGUACCGAUUGGGGCAUAUUAUGGAAAGGGUAAACGAACUGGUGUUUUUGGAGGUUUUUUGCUUGCCUGCUACGAUGGCGAAAAUGAUGAGUACCAAAGCAUCUGCAAGAUUGGAACCGGGUUUCAAGACGAUCAGCUUGAAUCCCUUACAAAGUCUCUGCAAACGUGUAUCUUGGAGGAACAGCCACGAUACUAUCGUGCAGAUGAUAAACCAGAUGUUUGGUUAGAGAGUUCACACGUCUGGGAGGUAAAAGCAGCUGACCUUUCAAUUUCUCCUGUUCACUUUGCUGCAUACGGACUUGUUGACUCUUCUAAGGGGAUAGCUUUACGAUUCCCACGGUUUGUUCGUGUGCGGGAGGAUAAGAAGGCAUAUGAAGCAACCUCUUCUGCGCAGGUGGCCGAGAUGUACACCGCACAAUCUCUUGCCCAUAGAAAUGGGGCUCAUGAUAAUGAAUAA